AUGAUUCCCACUUUUUUGGUCGCGGUCCCGACAUGUUCUCUUCCUCCCAAAAAAUACAAAGACAUGGAUCCUCAUUCACGGCGGUCUCAAUUCAACCACAGAACCCCGAAAGCAGGUCCAUUGUCGAGGAAUAUCGAUUCCAUGCCUCCACAGCCCUCCCAGAAACCAGAGUCCUCCAAGGUGCCUCCUCCACGAAAGACAGCGUCCCACUCGUCUGCCACCACAAAUCUCCUCAUUCGACGACCGAUCGCAACAAACUCCCGUGUCAAACAAGAUGAGAUGUUCAAGCGCGAUAUGUAUCUAUCAGUGGUCACAAAUGCGCUCCAACAAAAGGCAAACGGCGUGUCAGAUACUUUCGAUGAACUCGUUUCCCAAUUCAAUAUCUCGCCAUCGUCCUCAUCUCAGCACUCAAGCCAAUUUGAUCCUGCACAGAUCCGUCUGUGGCUAUUAGCCCUCUCACAUGUCGUGUCUCGCCUGGAAAAGACACAUUCAGCACUCGUCGAUGCCAUCGUGAAUAUGCCAUGGACAACUUUUGACAGCGCCACCGUGAAGUCGUUCACCGUCUUCAUUGGUAUGCUCCUGAGUGCUAGGCCGGAAUAUCUUUCCCUCGUGUUGGCCAAGAUUGCACAUGGCUUUACAUACCAAUCUGGACUACAAGCCCUCGAUGCUGGUAUACCAUCUACCUCGAGUGCCCCGUUGACCCGCAGAGUAAUUUACGACAGAGUGCAUUUCCUUCUCAGGCAUAUCCUGUCCCUCGUGCCGACCUUACCUUCUACCCUCCAACCUCUUCUCGUUCGCCACUUUCCCCACAAAAGACAAAAUCAGGUAGCACAAACGACUUAUAUUCGAAAUUUGCUCCGGGUGUCAGGAUACUGUCCAGAGCUAGCCGAUAAAAUCCUUGCCACCAUUGUGGAUCGUGCCAUCCAAAUUGACGUUGAAAUUCAGAUUGAACUUGAAGAAUUGGAGGAAGAGGAGAAUGAGGGCGACGAAGAUGUGUUUGAACUGGACCCUUUCGACAUCGUACUCGGCCAAGAAGUCUCUUCCUCGGCAUCGGACACAGACGACUCUGAUGAUGAAAGCGACGACAACUUCAGUGAUCUUUCUUCUGAAGCGGGAGACAUGGACGAUUUUGAUCUGUCACGCCGUAUCGAAGUGCCCAUGAACGUCAAGCAUAUUCAAGAAAUGGUGAAAAAACUGGACGCCAUUUUAACAUUGCUUUUCGAACAUUUUGAGAGGAGUAAAGGUGCUAGUAGCAUUAGUACAGAUUCACGGCCCAUGUCACCUCUUGAAUUGCCACCACUACCCCCUCUCGAAUCGAACCCUUUAACACCAACCGAUUUUCUAUCAAGCAGACAAUCUCUUGAUCUCACUGCUUCUACUGAGAUUUCUGCUCCUACCACAGAGACAAGUUCUUCCAAGGUCAAACUAUCGAAAUUAUCCGGAACUAAAACAUCCUUACAUUCACAAUUCCAAUCUCUAUUAUCCAUCUUUGACCGCACGAUUUUGCGUACCUUCAAAUCGCGCUAUACACAAUUUCUCGUUUUCUGGUUUGCGUCUCUUGACCCCGAAUUCGCGGAUAUCUUUCAGGGUAUGUUGGUUGAGCGUGCUUUGAUGCCUUCCUCUGGUGGAUUCUCUCCCCAUACCCAUAACGACUCUUUUGGAGACGGUGAAGAGUCCACCUCCAACAGUCAACCACACACAAUGACCCCCGAACUAACACGGGCAGCUGCUGCGUCAUAUAUUGGCAGUUUUGUCAGUCGCGCCACCUUCGUCGAUCGGGAUGGAACACGUCGUGUUGUCAGCGUGCUGUGUGAGUACCUUCGGAGUCAUCUGGACGGCGUCGAAGCGGAUGUCAGAUUGGGGCUUGGGUUCGGAUCGGAGUCUGCGCCGUCGAGUGUGAAUGCUGCUGCUGCACUCAGUGCAAUAUUAGCGUCUGGACAACACACCGUAUUUUAUGCCGUCACCCAGGCUGUCUUUCUUAUUUUCUGUUUCCGAUGGCGAGAUUUGUUAGGCGGUGAUGACGAUCUGGACGACUCGUACGUGGAUUUGGAUCUGGACUUGGAUGGAAGAACGAGGAAGACACCUGCAAAAGACAAAUGGAUGCCAGAGCUUAGUGUGCUAAAGAGAGUCGUCACCUCGAUCUUGAAUCCCCUCAAGGUUUGCUCAUCUAACGUUGUUAUGCAAUUUGCACGGGUAGCGCAAGCAACCGAUUUUAUCUACUGCUACACUAUGCUCGAGAUGAACAAGCGCAACGACAUGUCCUUCGCGUCUAUAUCAGGCACUUCCGCAUCUGGACCUCGUCCACGGCUCUCCAAUGGCUCGUCUGAAAGCCUUUUGUCCUCAUUGACCCUGCUACAAGCAAAGUUGCUGUAUCAACCUGCCAAUGCCGAACUAAACACAUUCUUCCCAUUCGACCCGUAUCGUCUACCUAAAUCAAAUGCUUUCAUUCAGGGUGUAUACCGGGAAUGGUCGUCUGUGGCUAUCGAAAGCGAUGACGAUGACGAUGAUGAAUCUGACGUGGAUGAAGAAGAGGAUCAGUUGUCCAGCGAUCAGUAUGAUGAUUUCAGAAGCGGUGGGCUGGAUGUACCCAGGGAGAAGAAUGCUCAGAAAUCUGACGAUGAUGGGGGGCUCGGGGAGUCGCUCGGCGCGAUGAGCAUCAGUCCAGCUCGCAUGUCAAUAUCAGUGAGCAUGAGAGGUUGA